AUGGAGCGCCCCUCAUUCAAGCGCAAAAGCGACUUCCCCGACGCCCGCAGCCCCAAAACCCCCAAAACCACCAACGGCGCGCCUGGCGGCAAGAUGUCCUUCGCGCAGCGCAUGAUGGCGAAGAUGGGCCACCAGGAAGGCCAAGGCCUCGGCAAGAGCGGCGAAGGCAUCCUCAACCCCAUCGAAGUGAAGCAGCGGCCACAGGGCGCGGGCGUUGGCGCCGUCAAGGAGAAGACGGAGCAAGCGAAAAGGGAAGCGAAGCGCGCUGCUGCUGCCAGGGGAGAGGAGUAUGAGGACUCGAGCGAGGAGGAGCGCAAGGCGAGGAAGAAGAGGAAGGAGGCGCUGAGGAGGGGGGAUGGGAGUGCGACGGCUAGUGGGGCGAGCACGCCUGGGGGUUUCCAGAGGCAGAAGACGAGGUAUAGGACCGCGGCGGAGAUUGAGGCUAGGGCGGAGGGCCUGGAGGUGCCGAAUGUGCUGAAGAGUCUGAUUGAUGCCACGGGGCGGGAGACGAGGCUGUUGACGUCGACGGCGGGGCUGAUGACGCCGACGGGAGUGCAGGAUAAGGAGACGGAGAAGGAGAGAUUGGCGAAGAUGGCGAGGAAGGAGUUGGAGGGGUUUGCGGAUGCGUGGAACGAAAGUGUGCAGAGGGCGAAGUGGGUCGAAGCGGAGGAAGAGCAACUGAGGGCGGAGAUGCAGGCGCAGGAAGAGGAGGUCAUGAGGCUAAAUGGGGUCGUCGAAGCUGUGGAGGCGCUGAGCGGGCUAAGUCUAGGCAAGCCAGUGUCGGCGGAUGAGGCUACAAAAAGAUGGGAGGAGGUCACAAGCCGGCUAGAAACGAUGCAGGAAGAAUACAGAGACGAGAUUGACAACUUUGGGAUCUCCGAGGCCGCGGUGGCCGCCAUACAUCCUCUGUUCAAGCUAGAGAUGCUGGACUGGGACCCUCUCGGGAACCCCACACAUCUGGUAUCCUACUUCACCCGCCUCCGCACCAUCCUGCGCGUCAACCGCAACGACCUUGCGCUCCUAAACGGCCACGACGACUUCGAAGGCGUGUCGCGCCGCCACAAAUCCACCACUCCCUACGAAACCCUCAUAUACUCCCUCUGGCUCCCGCGCGUUCGGACCUCGAUCACGAACAGCUGGUCACCCUACGAUCCCACAUCCCUCAUAACCCUCGUGGACGCCUGGCGGCCAAUCCUCCCCGAAUUCAUCUACCACCACCUGAUCGACCAGCUCAUCGUGACCAAGCUCUCCUCGAACCUCAGCGCCUGGAAUCCGCGCACAUCCCUCUCGCUCAAGAAACACAAGCACCCCACCCCGCUCCCUCACACCUGGCUCUUCCCCUGGCUCCCCUACCUCCCCGACACACACACCGACCCCCGCUCCCCCACCGGGCUUCUCGCAGACGUGAAGCGGAAGCUCCGCAGCGCGCUCGACACAUGGGACCUCACCCGCGGCGUGCUCCCCGGCCUCGACGCCUGGCGCGACGUCCUCAGCACCGUCCUCCAGGAGACCCUGAUCCGGCACCUCCUGCCGCGGCUUGCUGCGCACCUCUCCUCGAACUUGGAAGUCGACCCCGCGGACCAGGACCUCACGCCGCUCGAGCACGUCCUCGCCUGGCAGCGCUACUUCGCCCCCAAAAUCCUCGCCCAGCUGCUCGUGGUUGAGUUUUUCUCAAAGUGGCUCAACACGCUGCAUCUGUGGCUGACGGCGGAGCCGAACUACGAGGAAGUAGGCCAAUGGUUCAGCUGGUGGAAGCAGCAGUUCCCCGACGCUGUGAACGCCGUGCCGGCCGUGGCCGCGGAGUGGGAGCGUGGCCUUGCGAUGAUGAACGAAGCGCUAGACCUCGGGCCCGAACGCGCGCGGACGGAGCUUGCGCGCCCCGCUGCAGGACCCGCGCGGCCGGUUGGCGGAACCGCAGGGACGCCGAAACCAAAGAGCACGCCUUCGAGGGGCAGGGAGGUCGUGGCGGAGACGACGUUCCGAGAUGUCGUGGAGGCGUGGUGCGCGGAGGAGAGCUUGUUGUUGGUGCCGCUGAGGGAGGCGCAUGAGCGGACGGGGCUGCCGCUGUUUAGGAUCACGGCUAGUGCGACGGGGAGGGGGGGCGUGUUGGUUUAUUUGAAGGGGGAUGUGGUGUGGGCGCAGGAUAAGAGGGAUAAGAGUCUUUGGGAACCGGUGGGGUUGGAGGAAGGGCUGGUGAGGAGGGCGGAGGGGAAGUGA